AGAAAAAACACCUUAUAUUUUUUCGAAAUCGCGUGAAUCUUGAUUCUCCUCCAGUCUUCGAACGGUCAAAAAAUGAUAUACUUUUUUGGUAUUGACGAAUGGUUAACUUCAUCCGGGAAAACAUGUAAUGUGAGCAUGAAGAAGUCAAUAUUAUGCUCAGUAAUGUUUCUUUUACUGUUCGCAGCAGGAAUUGCUCAGUUUUUCUUCAUCGAUCAUUUCAAAUUAGUUGUUCCAUCAGUUGGCCAUGCGAUCCUCUUCUUAUUCGAAAUGAUUUGCUUCCUGGUGCUCAUCAACGCGCUUUUCAAUGAACGACCACUUCUCUUCCUUCCAUUUGUGAUCGCAGAAGUUGUGAGAUGUGUCUGCUUGGUUGGCGUCAUUUUCCUGUACAUCAUCAAAAUGUUUCAAGUACAGGGACAUGAAGAUGAAAGGCCAAAUAUUGUGCUCCCCGCUCUUCACUAUGACAAUGAACACAAGACAGUAAAGCAAAUGGUAAAACUGGAUCUGCAUCUGAUUUUCAUUUUCUUCUUUCACCUAAUUUUGGCUGCUAUAGGUUACCGGUGCUAUCAGAUCUAUUCAAGAGGAACCCGCCGUAACAGAAUGAACCCCGCAGACUACCGUCCAACACAACCAAUGCACACAGUCAUUGUCCUCGAACAGCCAAUUGAGCAAGCUAUGUAUGGAAAAAAACCCGUUAAUUAAUCAGUUAUCAGACGCAUUACGUGAACAGAAGCGUACCGAAAUCUAACAUGCGGGUCGUUUUUGAAUCUCCACAAUCAUUGGAUCCCCCUUGAAAUUAUUGAGUACAAUAUUUCUCAUGUAAUAAUUUUGUUUUCCUUCAAUUGUAAGUAUGUAAAUUUGCAUACUUUUUUGUGAACAACCACGUGAUGCAAGAAGAUUUUUAUUUUUAAUAAAAGUGUAAAUAUUUGAAAAA